AUGAAUUGGACUGGUGAGCAUUGCGCUUUCAUUGUGGAAACGUUUAUUAAGAAUGAAUCUGUAACUGCAACACAACGAGCGUUCUGUUUGCGCUUCAGACUUGGUAGAUAUGAUCCCGUACCUGCUCGAAACAUGAUCUUGUUAUGGGUUAGUAACUUCAGAGCCAGUGGAUCAGCAUUGAAACGAAAAUCAACCGGCCGACCUCGCACUGCCAGAACUCCAGAAAAUGUGGCAGCGGUAAGAGCCUCAAUUCAACAGUCUCCACGGCAUUCAGCAUCUAAACGUGCCGCGGCUCUUAGGCUUUCUGAUAGAAGUUUGCGAAGAAUUCUUCACAAUGAUCUGCAAAUGCAUCCAUACAAAAUGAUAUUGUCACAAGAACUCAGCGAAAGAGAUAUUGAAACUCGCAGAGCAUUGUGUUUGGAAAUGCAACAAAAUAUCCCCAAUGCAUCUGUUGUGUUGUUCAGUGACGAGGCGCAUUUUCAUCUGUGUGCCACAGUGAAUAAACAAAACUUCAGAUAA